CCAAGGAGGCGGCGGCCGCGGCGACGGCCGGUCAGGGGCGUGACGGCCGGCGGCACAGAUUGAGCCGCGAUGUCGCCCCGCCGGGAGAAGUGACCCUCCAGCGCCCAGACGGAAAAGCAGUUUUAUUUCAAUAUAGAUGACCAUGCAGCCUGCAGUUCAAGUGUGGUUUGGAGAAGACCUGCCGUUAAGUCCACGGAGUCCUCUGACCCCCAGACAUGGCCCAGGUUUGGCUGAUGUUUGUCAGUAUGAUGAAUGGAUAGCUGUGAGGCAUGAGGCCACCCUGUUGCCUAUGCAAGAAGAUCUGUCAAUUUGGUUAUCUGGCUUAUUAGGUAUUGAUGUUAAAGCAGAAAGGUUAUUGGAAGAACUUGAUAAUGGAGUACUGCUAUGCCAACUGAUUGCUGUUCUUCAAAAUAUGGUUAAAACAUGCAACUUUGAAGAGCCAGGGAAUUUUCCAAUGAGAAAAGUGCCCUGUAAGAAAGAUGCUGCCUCAGGCUCGUUCUUUGCUAGAGACAAUACUGCAAACUUCCUUCACUGGUGUAGGCACAUUGGGGUUGAUGAGACUUAUCUCUUUGAAUCUGAAGGUUUAGUUUUGCACAAAGAUCCAAGACAAGUAUAUCUUUGUCUUCUUGAAAUUGGUCGAAUUGUGUCAAGAUACGGGGUUGAGCCACCAGUAUUAGUAAAACUUGAGAAAGAAAUUGAGCUAGAAGAGACCUUACUUAAUACAUCUGGACAUGAAGAUUCCAUCAGCAUUCCAAAAUCAUGUUGUCAGCAUGAAGAGCUACAUGAAGCUGUUAAACAUAUUGCUGAAGACCCUCCUUGUAGUUGUUCGCAUCGAUUUUCUAUUGAGUACUUAUCUGAAGGACGGUACCGACUAGGGGAUAAAAUACUCUUUAUAAGAAUGCUUCAUGGAAAACAUGUCAUGGUUCGUGUUGGUGGAGGCUGGGAUACCCUUCAAGGAUUUUUGCUUAAAUAUGACCCCUGUCGAAUAUUACAGUUUGCUACCCUAGAACAAAAAAUUCUGGCAUUUCAAAAAGGAGUUUCUAGUGAAAGUAUACCUGAUUCGCCUGCCAGAACAGCUCAGCCUCCUGAAAUGAAUCCUUUGUCAGCAGUUGAUAUGUUUCAGAAACAGAAAUCAAAACCUGGCACACCAACUGGUAUUCUAAGGAGCAAAGAAAAGCAGGCGCAUCCUCCAGCUGUGUUGCUACCUCCAUCUUCCUUGACAGGAGGUAAUCUGGGCUCUGUGUCAGGCCGUUCUAAAUUGGCAAAUUCUCCAGCAGCAUCUUCUCAUCUCAAACUCAAAUCUUCAAAAGGCAUAACAAAGAAACCACAUGCUCCUUCAAACAGUGCAUCAUCUUCACUAGCUUCUGUAAAUCCAGUAGGUAAAAGCAGUUCUUCAGCUUCUUUACCAAGCACUGUACGUUGUGUAUCUGAGUCACUGAGUAAAUGUGUCUCAUCACCCAAUACUCAUAAGGCCAAGUUUAUUCCAGUCCAGAAUUCAAGAAAUAUGCCUGAGUCUACACUGUUGCCAAAAAAGUGUUCUGGAAAAACUGAACCGAGGCAUUUGAAACAUGAUCAUAUUUCUUCCGGGGAUAAUGCAGUAUCUCACUCAGCUGCACAUUUAAAUUCAUCAUCAAAGUGUCCAAAGCCACCUAAAGCAAAUACACAUGUAAGGCCUAAACAUUCACCUUUCCAUUCUACAAAAAUGACAAAAUCCAGCUCCAAAACCAUAACCACAGAGGCAGGAACACAGUCUCAGUCAUCUGAUGGAGCACUGCACGCGGGAGCCAUGCCAGCACAGAAACUUAAGUCAGCCUUGAAUUUAAACCGGCCACUUUCGGUAUCUUCAGAUGAUCCUGCAAAAGCAGCACAGGAAUUGAAAGGUAAAAAUAUGGUUUCAGUUGCCAAAAAGCAGCCUCAGAGUAAAAGUACAUCCCAGAAGACUGCACCCAGCUUCUCUAAGUCCCCUGGCCGUACCCCACUGUCCAUUGUGAGUCUUCCCCAGUCUUCGGCCAAAUCACAAACUGUACCAAAGUCAGCGCAGACUGCCACUAAGAGCCAGUAUUCAGCUAGAGUGCCUCCAAAAAGUGGCAAAGCUCCAUCUUCAACCAAGAAGCCACCGUCAUCUGCUAAGGAAGCAGUUAGUGGAGACAAAAAGCCUACUGCAAAGAAAAAAGAUGACAGCGACCAUUAUUUUGUUAUGACUGGAAGUAAAAAACCUAGAAAAUAAAUAUGAAUCUAUCAUUUUAAGAAAAUAGGAAAAGUAGAUGUAUGCUAGCUUCACAUCAUAAAAGUUUCUCCUAUCUGUGUUUGUCCAAAUAUAGACAUUAGGUGCAAUAAGAUGGGGGUGGAGACUUGGGGGUGGAGGUAGAGGUUAGGAGGAGGAGAGGGUUCAUUAGAUUCACAUGUGAUUCACCAGAAGAUACCCUUUUGAGGCAGACAGGUAUAAAAUCACCCAGAAGUUUCUUACUAAUAAUAGACAUUCAUAUGAUUUUCAGUCCAUAUAUCUUUGUUAAUAUCUGCCCUAUAAGGGAAAUGUAAAGCCCAAUAACACUACUAGAAUUAUACCUAUAGUUGUUAUAUUUUUAAUAUGAAUUAAAUGUGGAAGUUAUACCUGCUAGUAGCAGCAGUGAUGCUCUUACUAUUAGUUAUUUCAUUUAGUAAAAAAAACAACGGUUUAGUACUUACAAAAGACACCUAAUUCAAUUUCCUGAUCAGGAUUGCCUGAUCUAACAGUACGAAGUCCCAGUGGCUGUUACUGAUUAGCUUGGUGUUACUCUGGGUCUGGUAGCAUUCUUAUUUUUAAAAAGUUAAGCUUUCCAAGUAGUAAAAAACUGGGUUUUUAAAAACUGGCUUAUAUUAACAUUGUAAUAUUUGUUACCAAUAUUUUUGGUAAAAGAAAAUAAGACAAAUUAACUUUGAAUAGAAAUGAAAAUUCAUUAAAAAAAGAUUUUUCAUCUAUUAUAAGAAUUUAUACCUUAUAUUUGUAGAUGGAUGUUGUGCAAUGUGAAAGGGAAAACUGGUUUAGUAGGUUUUACAUAUUAAAACUUUUUAGUAAUGUAAUUUUCUACAAGCAUGGGAAUUUUUACAUUAAAAUAAUGUGUUUUAAUGUCAGAAUCAUGUAUUAACAACCUUAAAAAUAAGGUGAUGUUAAAGAACCUUAAAAUGUUGCUACAUAAAAAUUCUAUCAUGAUUAUUAUUUUUUCUUCAGGUAGCAUAAUGCUAUCAGUUAAGUUAGAGUCUUCCAACUACAUUGUUUUUCUUUAAUAAUAUCAUGCUACCUUUGGUUUUCCAGUGGCAAGUGCACAGUAUGUAUGUGAUAUUUUCUGCCUUGCAGGCAGAUUCUUCAAGAAACAACUAAAUCAGGCAAUGAUUGCAUAGACUCCAACAGUAUAAGAUGAUAUUUAUAGCUUUUUUUUGAGAUUGUGGCUAUUUAAAAAAUUAUUAAUGUACUUUCAGAAAAUUUUAGGGUUGUGUAAUAACUUUAUGGUAUUAUCAGUUAUCACAGGUUAUUAUUAAAUAUUGAGGUUUCUGUUUCCUUAUUUUAAACUAAAGUGUUUUAUAAAGAAAAAUAAUGGUUUAUACAAAUGUGCAAUCAUAGAAUAAGUAUUUAAACUGACUACUAAUGUUCUGUAAAUGAUAAAGCAAGAAAACUGCAUAUAAUUAGUAACUUUUGUCUGAGGAAUACAGUUAAAAUCAAACAUGCAUGCAGGCAGGCUCAUUUUUUGGGAAUAAUUGAUGCUUCUCUUGAAGGAGACAAAUAUUUGUUUUAGUUUUGUUGUUCAUGUGAACAUUGAGAGAGAUGUUAUUUACAUCUUUGGAAGAUGUAGUCAGUGUUCAAGAAGUGCUGAAAGAUUUCCAUUUUUAGUGAUCAGAAAUGUUAGCGCAUCUUUCAAAGACAAAUAAUUUGACCUUCAAGAAGGAGUUUAUUCCUUGUAAGAUGAAACACUAUUUCUGUGUCAAUAACUUUUAGAAUUUUUUUCCUUGAAUUAUAUUUAUUGUAGUAAUGUUGGUUUGCAAUGCUGUAUAUAUUGUAUUUUAGCGCUGUAGGUUCACAUCUCUUCAAAUUUAUGUUACCCUUCCACACCCUGCCCAUUACCAAGGCACUCAUAAUCUUCCAUUGGGGCUUUUCUCCCCAUUUCUCCCAUUCCUCACUUUCCCCUUCUGGUAACCUCAGUUCUAUAGUCAGAUUUCAAGGGUCUUCCAGUAGUUUGGUUGGUUCUGUUAUAUUACGGUUUUUUCCCCAGGAGUUUUGAACCAUCAGCUGUGGUGAAUUCCUUUACUUCCUCAUUAUGUUUGGUGCUCUCUGUUCAUUUCUAUGGAUUAAGCUUAAGUUACCCUUCCCAGUCUUGCUAUGUAGAGCUUGUGAGAGAAUUGAAGGUUGCAGGCCUAGGGUGUUGACCUUGUAUGCUGUGCUUUCUGUUCUUGUAUUGCCUGAGGCCUUGUCACCCAUCAGGAUGACUAGAGCGCAAGAGCCAACCCUGGUGAUAGGUAGCCCAAGAAUCCAGUGUGUGGAGUGGGGCUAAGGAAUUGGGAACUGAUUACCGCUGUAGAAUGUCUAAGGAAAAGCCUUGUUGGGUACUGCAGUUGCUUGAACCUUUCCCAUGGUUUCUGACACUCUGUCUUGUGGGGACACUGAUCCUCAAAUCUUCCAUUCUUUUACAAAGUCAUGCUGGUUUGCUGUGCUUGAGGGGGAAAGACGAGACAACAUUAUAUGAAACAUCAUAAUUCUGUUUUUAACUGCUCCAUCAUCCUGCUAGUCAGCCAUCUUGCCCCUCCCUCAGUAACCUUUCAACCUUAAAGAAAAAAGUAAAUGGUAUUGUAACUGGAAGGCUGGAGUUCAGGCCACCUGUCACCACUGAAAGCCAAUAAAGUAAAGACAGGAAUUGAAUCUUUAAAGUGCACUUUAAUCAGAUAGCUGGCAGUCUGGAAGAUGGGAGGAUUAACACCCUAAAGAAACCGCCUUAACAUUUCAUUUCCAGUUGCCUUUUUUUAGUGAUUUGAACAAAGAGAGUUCAGCAGUAAGCAGGACUUCACCGCUGCCAGCAGAUUGUGAUGUCUAGUCCCCAAGCUCCUUAUCGCCCUCCUGGACACCUGGCCUUACACUCAUCCCAGUGUGCUGAGGCUGGUCUUCACAUAGCACUGACUCCCUGAAUUCCUCCAGAUGUGUCCUUGGGCUGGAAAAUUAACUCAGAGCAGAUAGGCCAUAAUCAAUUGUGUGUGCAGAUUUCCUACUAUACCAGAUUAGUGUCUCACCUGAUCUCCUCCCCCUCAAAGUAUUAGUCAACCUAUGGCUCCAAGUAGAUUUUACAGUGUAUAAACGUUUUUUUUUUUUACAAAAAUAAUUUACUUUAGUAAAGAUUUUUAUGUAGUAUAUGCUAAGUGGAAAAAAUUAAAAUGUUAUAUGAACAGCCCUAAAUAAAUUUUUACUAUUUAUUUUUCAGGUCGUAUAAUUUCUUCAAAAUCUGUUCAUAUUCUUUGAUGUUUUCAAAAGUAGGUCUUGAUUUAAAUGGACUCAUCAGUUGCUCCUAGAGCAGCAGUGCUUUUAUAGGGUCCAGAUUUCAAAUUGAGGAGCAAUUUAUUCUAGAGCUCUAGUUACAGUUUUUUCCAACUCCUGCUGCAUAUUGGGUCAACUAAGCCUCCAUGCUGUUAUUUGAAGGCUGUGGUGUUGAGGUCGAAAGAAAAAUCACUGAAUCUUCUCUUAGACUAGGAUGUCCUUUGAGCACUAAACCAUUAUUAGUAAGAUAGCUAACGUAGGUGGUCCUGGGACUGGCCUCAUAGGAAAAUUGCUAAGUAAAGAUCUGUUUUGCUGUUUGUUCAUAGGGGGUUUGAUAUUGAUCCCUGCUAGCCUCCCUAUAGUUCUGUUUAGUUUAUUUGCCAAUGUUUUUCUAACUUCUAAUUCUUCUAGGCAGAGUUGCUUGUAUUUUCCCAAUUCUACUUUAUUAGAAUCUUCUUGAAAUGUUUUCAUUUUGGAGAUUCCAGAUCUUUAAUUUUGAGUUCCAUUGAUGUCUUAUUGAAGCAUUAUAAUUCUAGUUUUAACCGCUCUGUGUUUUCUUGAGAUGCUUCUUUGUAACAGCAACUUUUAUAUUGAGAAGUUGUUACCAAACUCAAGAUGUUUGUCACUUUGGAGGUGCCUCAAAAUAAAUCAGCCACAAACUCUUUGUUGGUCAAAGUUACCUUCAUUGGAGGUUCCUUCAUUACUUGUAGGUAAUGGAGGCAAAAAGGGUUAAGUACCCACUGAUUGCCUCUCCAAAUAAGGACUGGAAAGGGUUUAAAAGAAGGAAGGGUGAAAGUGAGACAAAGGAGUCUUUGGUAAUUGGGUGUUGGAGACAGCUCUUGCUUCCACAUAGGUCACAGUGCAAGAAAUGCUGGCUUAGCAACUCCUCAUGUGGAUAUUUUAGUGUGCUAAUGAAGCUGGAAAUAAGCUACUGCACAUGUUUUGGAUUUUUUUAUGGUCUAGUGGGCUAUCCAGACUGGAUAGGGGUAAUCGGUACCUAGUUAUCAGAACAGUAUAGUUUUAAAUUAUACAUUAUUGUCUUUGAGUAAAUCAAACUUGGACAGCUUAUUCAGCAUUAUUGUCCUUGAGUAAAUCAGAUCUGGUCACUCUCAAACAGUUUUACCUUCAGUAUAUCAACCAAAGUAUCCUAACCACCAUGCUGAGUCAGUAAACAGAGCUCUUAACUCUUUGCUUCCCAGUAUUCUGAGGCCCUGGAAUUAACUAUCUUCAUCAUUUGUUUAAUGGGUCUCUGAGGUCCUGCAUCAUCAUCAGGACAUCAGGAAUCCUGGCACAAAAUGCAAGGAAUUUUUUUUAAAUUAGAAGUUAAUUUACAAAUAGCUUUAAUUUUUGUCAGUAAGAAAGUUCUCCAAUUAUAUUCAUGUGGAAAUAAUUUUUAAUUAUAUAUAGUUGACACUUAUAAAAUAAAGGUUUAGGUUUUAUAAACAAUGGCUGAAAGACACUUCUUCAAAUAUAUUUUUAAAUGCUCUUAGUAGCCAAUAUUUCUAAUCAUGUUCACAAUUUCUAAAAUAAAAUUUACAUUGUGAGAUUGGAAAGAAAUUUUAUUAGUAAAGCAAAAUUUUAAAAUAUUUUUUGUGUUUAAUAUUAUUAGCAAAAUAAAUACUAAGCUUAAAUUACUGAAUAACCUGAAAGAAGUAAUAAUGUACAUUUUCACUAAAAAUGGAAUGUUUAUUUUUCUUCACUCUAAUUUGUUAAUGUGACUAAUGUAUCCUUUCAAUAUUCAAGAGAGAAAAAUGAAAUGCUGAUUAUUUUCACAUUUACAAUAGGUGUUUAAGGCUUGUAUCUUCAAAAUGCCUUAAUCAAUUAGAUGACCUCUAACUUUCCUCUCCACAUGGAGUUUAUAAUUCUUUAUGGAUAAGGAAAAUAUUUUGAGAAAAACUUACUAUUCUUUUACCUGUUUUUGUCAAUCUGAUUUAAAAAAUCUAUGUAUUUACAAGGCUGCAAUAACAUUGUUAUGAUACAUUCUUACAUUCAAGUUCAUAUAUGGACUCUAUUUGGGUCCAAAUUUGUAUAUUCUCUUCUGGUGCCAUGGUGUUUGUAUCAGAUUUGAACUUUUAUUUUCUCAAAUAUUAAAAUUUAAACAUACAUACCAGGUUCUCAUUUUCUUUUGUUUUGUGUGUGUGUGUGUGUGUACUUUCGGUUUAGUCUGAUCACUUGUUUCAUGUGAGAAAUUGUAUAUAUGAUGCAUUCAUAAUUUGGG